AGCAAACGUUAGAUCUAUUGUGGUUGAGUAACUAAAAAAAACACUUUGAAAACCAACAAUGACCCUAAAUCGUUCUGAAACACCAAGAAGGGACUUUAAAGCCCUUACUUUUUUGUACGGUCUUCACAGAUAUUUGAUACAAGAACAUCUAGUGUAAGCGCUAUAUCUAAUAUAAAUGGUAAUUCAAGAUGUUAAGUAAGCGGUUGAUUGAAAAUGUCCUGCGUUCCCAAUAUCGGAAAAGUUUGCCUACAAGAGGAAUGCAAUGCUAUUCCGGAGAACCUGGUUCAUGUUCAUCAACUGGUGCUCUUCACUGUAGACCUUUAACAACUCCUCUGGGAUUGAUCAAAAUUACUUGUGUUGUAAUAUCCUCAAUUUUUGCUGGUGCAUGGAUAAGUAGAAAUGGAGCAGAGUUUCUUGAGGAAAAUGAAAUUUUUGUUCCAGAAGAUGAUUAGAAACCAAUAUGUCAGUUGUCUAUUCUGUGAUUAGUAGUUUAUUCGACUAGAUUGUACAAAUCUUAUCUAUUAUUAUUUGCUUUAUCUUUCAGGCUUGUUUCUGUUGUGUAUUGUUAACAGUAAAUUACGCCGGUAUAUGAUGGCCAUAUAAUAACGCGUACACUUAAACUGUUUAUUAGUAUGUUAAAUGAUGAGAAAAUAUAAUGUAAUUCAUUGACUAA